CCUUAGUCUUUCCUUCAUCGAUCAUAUAUAUAUAUAUUUCUUUUUUUUUUUCUUAAUACAUUUCAUCACAUCAGUAACAAAUAAUCAUCAUCAUGAAUACCGAUACCGAUUUUACCUUUGAUGAAUACAUCAUGCCUACAACGUACGCUACUUCACACUCCAAAUUGGACUUGGAUAAUACUUUCAAUACUGCGACUUAUUCUGCUCCUCUUCUUAACUCGUCCGACAUUAGUUUUCUUCCUACUGUAUUCGACUUGCCUGAUUCACCACCAGCCUCGACACCACCAUUGUUAUCUUCUAGUUCCACCAUCUCUGAAAAGAUUGCCAAAGUCAAUACACUACCUGAUUCAUUUUUACCUCAAUUCCAUCAAUACUCGAAAGAAUCCUAUGAAAAUGGACGUAAGAAGAAAGCUAAGCGUAUGAACUCCAACAACAGUCUUACAAAUGCCAACAAUAGUAGCAAAACAAGUGAUGACGACUCUGAUGAAGAUAACAACAACAAUAAUAAUGCUGCUGCUGCGUUGGAAAUGCGUCGACAAAUCCAUAUCCAAAGUGAACAAAAACGACGUGCUCAAAUAUCCGAUGGAUUCCAAGAAUUACGCCAACAUUUACCUGGUUGUAUCAACAAAAAAAUGAGCAAGGCUGCUUUAUUACAUCGUACUGUUCAACAUCUUCAACAUCUCAAGAAGAAUCAAUCCUCCUUAUUGACUGAAUUGGAACGUCUUGUUACUGAAAAUGAACAAUUGAAGAAAUUUCAAGACUCAGUGUUACAAAAACAAGCUUUGGAAAGAAUGUAUCAUGUUUCCAUGUAAACCUGUCUGCUAUUCUAUUUUUGUGCCUUUGUCUUUUUCUUUUUUUUUUCUCACUUUCUCUCUCUCUCUUCUUCCUUCUUCUUUUAUUU